CAAAUCAACGUAGUGGUGGACUCUUCGGGAACAUUAGGCACCGGUAUCUUAAAAGGAACGAAAUAUUUCUUUGGAGACUAUGAUGAGUGUCUGGGUAUUAAUAAUACUACAAAUGGCAAUCACAUUCACAUAGUGGGCCAGUAUUGCACUUUACAAAUAAGCAUCCGGGAUAUUAUUGGAAAUGUGCCUUUCAAAACAAGGGAUGAAUUGAAUGGUAUGAACGCAUCGAUCGAUUCAUCGAAACACUUAUUGAGCGCACGAUUAGAGCAAUGCGUUCACAGAAAUGAUAAUCCGAUUCAAUGGUUGCAUAUCAUCAUUGGACAA